CGUGUCUUUUUCUAUCUUUGGUUGCCUUUUGCAUGCAAUGCAUGCUUGGUUGCUUGCAUUGCAAUACAGCCAACUUGCAACUUGCAGUCUGUGGUGUUGUGGUGUUUGCAAUAGUGAAACAGAAAAUGAAAGGCAUAUCGAAAGGCUAAGUUGCAAUUACCUCUGACACUGGAGCGCUCUUACAUAUAGUAAUUCAUUCUAAGCGAUUCUAAGAGACGGACGUUUUAUUAAUUUGUAUGUUAGCCUAUUGUAAAUGCUAUGGCAGAAUCUCAAGAGAUAUUGUUGCAGAAAAUUAAAGAACAGGGUGAUAUCGUAAGAAAAUUAAAAUCAGCGAAAGAAUCUGGUGAAAAGGGGAAGAAGAUAAAAGAAUAUGACCUCAGUGAAAUAGAUAGACACAUGUCUCAGUACAGUUACAUUUGUGGUUAUGUGCCUAGUAUUUGUGACGUUGAAUUACACAAAAGUUUAGGAAACAAUAUAGAUUUCGAAAGUUAUAAAUAUAUCAGGAGAUGGUGGUACCAUAUGCGGAGUUUCAGUGAAUCUGAGAUUAAGUUAUUCAAUAGAAAUGAAAUGCCUAAGAGUAUUUAUAAGCAGAAUAGUAAAACAAUUGAUGAACAGAUACAAGAGGAAGUAGCAAAGCUACUAGCCUUGAAAGCUCAGCUUAGUUCUGAGGAUGCUGCUCCACAGAAAUUCACACUCAAAACUCCCAAAGGCACACGGGAUUAUAAUCCACAACAGAUGACUAUAAGGAACAAUGUACUCCAGAAAAUAAUCACAGUUUUUAAGAAGCAUGGUGCUGAAUGUAUUGACACACCAGUAUUUGAAUUAAAGGAAGUGUUAACUGGGAAAUAUGGUGAGGAUUCUAAACUUAUUUAUGAUUUAAAAGAUCAAGGAGGCGAGAUCUUGUCCCUAAGGUAUGAUCUGACAGUACCUCUAGCCCGCUACUUGGCAAUGAGCAAGAUUUCCAACUUGAAGAGAUAUCACAUUGCCAAGGUUUACAGGCGGGAUAAUCCAGCCAUGACCAGAGGCAGAUAUAGAGAGUUCUAUCAAUGUGAUUUCGACAUCGCCGGCCAGUACGACGCCAUGGUACCUGACGCCGAGUGCCUCAAAGUGGUGACGGAGAUCUUGGACGCUAUAGACAUCGGCAAGUACGUGUUGAAAGUGAAUCAUCGGCGUCUGCUCGAUGGUAUGUUUGAGGCGUGCGGAGUGCCGGCUGAUCAGUUCCGUACCACUUGCUCUACUGUUGAUAAAUUAGAUAAGUCACCAUGGUCGGAAGUGAGAAAUGAGAUGAUAAAUGAGAAAGGAAUUUUGCCUGACGCAGCAGACAGAAUAGGCGAGUAUGUGCGUCUAAAUGGGAGUACAGAGCUUGUUGACAAACUGCUGCAAGACGAGAAGUUGUCCAAAAACAAAGCGGCCAUUGAAGGACUCAACGGCAUCAAGUUGCUGCUGGAGUAUUGUGAACUGUUUGGCGUUAAAGACAAAAUACUGUUCGAUUUGAGCUUAGCAAGAGGCUUGGACUACUAUACUGGAGUUAUUUACGAAGCUGUGUUAAUAGAGCCAAUUAAAAUUGGCAAUGAGGAGCAGUGCGUAGGAUCCAUCGCGGGCGGUGGAAGAUACGAUAACCUCGUUGGCAUGUUCGACUCUAAAAACAAGCAGGUGCCAUGCGUGGGCGUGAGUAUCGGCGUGGAGCGCAUAUUCUCGGUGCUGGAGGCGCGGCUGGCGGCCGGCGAGCUGCGCGUGCGCACCAGCGAGGUGGACGUGUUCGUGGCGUCCGCGCAGAAGAACUUCCUCGAGGAGAGGAUGAAGAUUUGCGCAGAGCUGUGGGACGCUGGCAUCAAGGCCGAGCAAUCAUACAAGAAAAAUCCUAAAAUGCUGAAUCAGCUGCAACACUGCGAAGAAAACGGUAUUCCCUUAGCUGUGGUUCUUGGAGAUUCUGAACUAAAGCGUGGCGUGGUCAAAAUCCGCAAUGUCAAAACCAGGGAAGAAUACGAAGUUCCUAGAGAAACACUCGCGCAGGAGCUCAAGACAAGGAUAGCUAACUUGGGGAAAGAGAUAAAUGGUCCGACUCGCUAAGGGAGGUUUUCUGAAUACCGGACACAUCAGACGUGUUAGGUCCAAAGAGUCCAAUGUUGUGUUGCUAUUGGUCAACAUUUGACACAUCUGGUCAGUUAUAAAAAUCAAAUAAUUGUGUUGCAUCACAGUCGAUUCACUAGUUGGUUCUUACCAAAAACAAAGGAAAUUAUAGACAAAAAAGUAGUGUAACCAAAUGAGAUAGAAUAUUUACAUACACCUUGCUUACCUCAUACAAAUGGCAUGGUAGGCGUUGUAAAUCCAAUGACAGACGCGCUAAUAUCUGGAGAAAGUUAUACAUUAAUUUUAUUGUAAUUACAGGAAAAAUUGUCGCUCUGUUACUUUUAUUGUGUAUUUCUAAUUUAAAAAAAAUUUCGUUUCUCUUGUAUCAGCGAAAAGAAAGAUAUGACGAAGUCUAUAGUUUUCUCUGUUUAUGGUCAGACAUUCUGCUAUCAAAUAACUCGUCAGAGGUACGGGUGGGUAACUUCGUUCUAUACUAAUUCGGCGACUGUGUAGUCAAUAUCAACGCCGAUGAACAACUAUGAAUUAUUAAACUGUGGUUGCAUUAUCUGACCAAUGCUUGACCUAUCGUAUAUUUGUCUGGACCUCGCUUAGCACAAUCUGUAUCUGUAAAUUGUCCAGAAAAUUCUUAUUAUACAGCUUAAUAUAUAACUAGAAUUUCCUGGAUUUUCCCGUUGUUUAUUAUUCAUGUUCGACAUCGUCAACAUUGUUGUUUCAUUUGUGACCUGAAAAUUGAAUGUAAACAUUGAAGUUUUUUGUUACCAUUUUUGCUAACUUUUUGCUGUAAACGUGGCUCAGUGGAUUUUCAGUAUUUUUUUUACACAUUAGUAAUAAUUUGAACUAUGUGAAGCACUAUGCCAUCGAUACAUAUUUUUGACGUUAGUAUAUUCUAUACAGAUUGAUUUGAUGUGUCCUACAUCUACUACAUAUAAUAUUUUGGAUUGUGGAUGAAAUCUAGAGAAGGUAAAUCUACAUUUUGAAGGGGGAAAGGAAUUUUUCAACAUUUUCAUUGUGACGUCAAACGUCGAAUCGUCGUCAUCAAAUUUUGAGAUAGCGUAUUGAAAAUAAUAAUAAUUGUUCUAUUAUAUUAAAAUUUAACGCGGUACAAGUGAAACAAGAUGUGAUACUUUCUGAUUUGACGAUUUUAUAAUCCGGCAUUUAUUUAGAUUUCCAGUGUUGCGUUUUAACAAGUAUUAGUAGUAGUUAAUUUAUAAAAAUCUUUGGUAAACGAUGUGAUAGUAAGUAAUCCUACGAGUUAUUUUUAAAAUACAUAAUUUUAAUAUACCUUCUUUCUUAUCAAGUUAUUGUUAACACUGGUGUCAUAUUUAAUCCAAGUUACUUAAAGGCAUAUGGCAACACUUUUACGAAUACCGCCACCUAGUGGCAGUAGUCGCAGAAACAUCAGGGAACUUAGCAAACCAGUGGUUAAACACACUUUAGUGGGCACUCGACGACACACAAGAAGAUUUAUUGUUAUAUCUGUUACAGCAGUUGUGUCCGACGGUGUUAUAGGAUAUUUUAUUUUGAUUAUCCGAGUGACUAUAGUACCUCAAUAACCGAAAAUUAAACUAAACAAUAAUACAAAAAAUGUUCAAAGGAAAUGGUUUUGUUUCUUUUAUUUAUUGUUAGAUAAAUUAUUUACAGUUAGGUUGUAGCUGCGUUUAAAAACGAGCAUUUUCUUUGUUUUAGUGGAAACAAUUUUAAUUAUUUGUAUAUGCGUGAGUUUAUUUAGCAUUAAUAAAUGGUUUUCAUGUGAA